CAACUAAAGCGUUGACUAUUGUGUGCAGAUGGGUCUGGUCAACGCCUAUACACAUAUAUAUAUCAGCUAAUUAGCACUACCCCGACCACUACAUAUAUGAUCAUCAAUUCAGAGUUCGACUGUUCAUCGACUUCUUCAAGCCAAAAAAAGAGCCCCUCAUCGGCUUCGAAUGGCACAGAAGGUGGUAGUGAAGCUCAUGACGAUGACCGACGAGAAGACGAAGAAGAAGGCCAUAGAGGCCGUUGCUGAUGUCUACGGAGUGGACGCGAUUGCGGCGGAUGUGAAGGAGCAGAAGGUGACGGUGGUAGGGGAGAUGGACACGGUUGUGGUGGCGAAGAAGUUGAAGAAGAUCGGGAAGGUGGAGAUCAUAUCGGUUGGCCCAGCCAAGGAGGAAAAGAAAGAAGAGAAAAAGGAAGAAAAUAAGAAAGAAGCUGACGAUAAUAAGAAAUUAGCUGACAAUAUUAAGAAAGAUGAGAAGAAAUAAUGACAACCAACGCCUUUGAUUUAUCUGAGCUUUUGGUAUAUGCCAAACUAAGAAAAUUUCAAUUGCUUCUUGCCUUUUUUGCAAUUAUAAUUGUUUGUUUUUUCAUAGAUUUUUGUAACUAAUAUCAUGAGUUUCUAUAUCGUCAUGUUAUGAGAGUAAUAAUUUCCUUAUCCAGUUUUCCUUUACGAUUUGCAGAUUG